CAUCCAUCUUACCACCACCUUGCCUACACCAGCAAUGGCAAAUUCAGCUGCUGCCAAUGGCGCUAUGCCUCCGGGACCUCCGCCGGCGAAGCCCAAUCCAUACCUCGCUCACUUGGAGCCUGAAGAUCAAGUUGCGUCAACCUCAUCAUCAUCAUCUAGCCCACUCAAUGGCUUCUUGCCGCGCAAGGUGACAGCAGACCAGGUCUUGAAAGCCAUCGACGCUCCCACCAACCCCUUUGCUACCACUUCCAACAAGUCCUACUCGCAGCGCUACCGCGACAUCCUCGCCAAGCGCAAGGCUCUUCCCGUCUUUGCUCAGAUGGGCGACUUCUUGAAGAAAUUUCAAGAGAGCCAGGUAAUGGUCAUGAUUGGAGAGACUGGAUCAGGAAAGACGACGCAGAUCCCUCAAUUUGUCGCCUAUUCUGACCUACCUCACCUCAAGAAGGGACCCGAUGGCGCACCCAAGCUCAUCGCCUGCACGCAGCCAAGGAGAGUGGCGGCCAUGAGUGUCGCAAAGCGUGUCGCGGAGGAGAUGGACGUAACGCUAGGCCAGGAGGUAGGAUACACGAUUCGUUUCGAAGAUUGCACAUCACGGCCUCACACCUUCCUCAAGUACAUGACGGACGGAAUGCUCCUCCGAGAGGCUAUGCACGACAAGACGCUCUCGCGCUACUCGACGAUCAUUCUCGAUGAGGCCCACGAGCGAACGCUUGCGACGGAUAUUCUCCUUGGCCUCCUCAAGCCCCUCUGUGCACAGCGACCCGAUCUCAAGAUCAUCGUCAUGAGCGCAACCCUCGAAGCAGACAAGUUCCAAAACUACUUCAAUGGCGCUCCCCUCCUCAAAGUACCCGGCCGUACUUUCCCCGUCGAGACAUUCUAUACUCCCGAGCCAGAGCCAGACUAUCUCGAGGCGGCUAUUCGCACUGUCCUCAUGAUCCACCAGGCGGAAGACGAGGGCGACGUCCUCCUCUUCUUGACCGGAGAGGAGGAGAUCGAAGAUGCCUGCAGAAAGAUCCGAGCAGGAGCCGACGAGCUGGCGUCUACAUCGCCAGACCUCUGCGGACCGCUGAAGGUCGUGCCCCUGUACUCGUCUCUGCCACCUUCCCAACAGCAACGUAUCUUCGACUCAGCGCCGCCGAGGGUCAGCCCUGAUGGUCCGCCAGGACGCAAGGUCGUCGUCUCAACGAACAUUGCCGAGACGUCGCUCACCAUCGAUGGUAUCGUGUAUGUGGUGGAUCCAGGCUUCUCAAAGCAAAAGGUGUACAACCCGAGGAUCAGAGUCGAGUCACUCCUCGUGUCGCCCAUCUCCAAGGCGUCAGCACAGCAAAGAAUGGGUCGUGCUGGGCGUACGCGUGAGGGUAAAUGCUUCAGGCUUUACACUGAGAAGGAUUUCGUCCAAGAGCUCAUCGAGUCUACGUAUCCCGAGAUUCUCCGCAGCAACCUCGCAAACACCGUCCUCGAGCUCAAGAAGCUCGGCGUUUCCAAUCUGGUCCGCUUCGAUUACCUUGAUGCUCCCGCCCCUGAGACAAUCAUGCGUGCUCUGGAGCUUCUCAACUACCUCGGCGCCUUCGACGACAAUGGUGACCUGACUCCCUUGGGCGAGAUCAUGGCCGAGUUCCCUUUGGACCCUCAAUUGGCCAAAAUGCUCAUCGUCUCACCUGAAUUCAAAUGCAGCAACGAGAUCCUCACCAUCGCCGCCAUGCUCUCCGUCCCCAACGUCUUCAUGCGACCGAAUGCGCAACGCCAGCAGGCGGACGCGGCCAAGGCCGAGUUCAGCCACCCGGAUGGGGACCAUCUCUCGCUACUCAACGUCUACCAUGCGUACAAGACGGCGGGCAAGCAGGAUCCCAACAACUGGUGCUGGCAGAACUACGUUUCGCACCGAGCGCUGCAGCAGGCGGACAACGUGCGAUCCCAGCUCCAGAGGACGAUGGAGCGCUUCAAUCUGGACUUGGUCUCGACGCAAUUUGAGGGCAACGAGCGCAAUUACUACGACAAUAUCCGCAAGGCGAUUGCGUGUGGCUUCUUCAUGCAGGUGGCGCAUCGAUCGGGAAGUGGAAAGUCGGCGCAGUACACUACCCUCAAGGAUAACCAGGUCGUCGCACUCCACCCUAGCACAUCGCUGGACCAUUCGCCCGAGUUCGUUCUCUACCAUGAAUUCGUGCUCACAAGCCGCAAUUGGAUCAGAACGUGCAUUGAAGUGCGACCGGAGUGGCUGCUUACGUCAAGCCCGGCGUACUUCAACCCGUCGAGCUUCAGGGAGGGGGAUGGGGAGGUCAAGAGGAUCAUGGCGGGGAUUGCCAAGAAGAUGGGCGGCGGUGGUGACCCUGGAGCUUCUGGCAGGGAUAAGAAGAAGCUCAAGAGGGUUUGAGCUGCGCGACUAGUGUGCGGCGAUGAACAGCCUUCUAUAACAGGGCUCAAUAGACCACUUUUGUUUAUGAGCCUUAACUUGAUGAAACGCCGUAGUGGUGAUCGUCCCG